CCCAUUUCUCUCGUCUUUCUUCGGAGGAUGGCAGAUUUUCAUGGAUGCCAAACACGACAGCCACCAACUAUAUACAUUGUACCGGCGGCCAUACGAAGCCAUUCUCCGAGCUGGCCCACGGCUCAAGCCGCUCCAACAGGUCCACGCCCGUCUCAUCAUCUCCGGCUCGCAUUGUAGCCUCCCACUAGCCACCAAACUCCUAGUCUUAGCCUGCACCGCCGGCGCCAUCACCUACGCUCGCCAGCUCUUCUUCUCCACUCCCAAUCCCGACUCCUUCCUCUUCAGCUCCCUCAUCACGGCCUGUUCCAAGUUCCACUUUCCUCUCGAUGCCGUCCUCUUCUAUCGCCGCUUGCUCGCUUCGUCUGUAUGGCCGUCGAACUACAUUUUCACUGCCGUGAUCAAGGCCUGUGCUGAGCUUUCGGCUCUGAGGAUUGGUAGAGUUGUUCACUGCCAAUCCUUGGUUCGUGGGUAUGGUUUGGAUUCUUUUGUUCAGGCUGCUCUUGUUAGCCUUUAUGCAAAGUGUGGUGAUCUGGUUAUUGGACGGAAGGUGUUUGAUGAAAUGCCGGUCAGAACUGUUGUUGCGUGGAACUCGAUGAUAUCGGGGUACGAGCAAAACGGUUUGGCUCAGGAGGCCAUUGGGUUGUUUUAUCAGAUGGGGGACCUGGGUGUUGAAUUUGAUUUGGCUACGUUGGUCAGUGUCUUGUCUGCGUGUUCACAAGCGGGAGCUCUGGAGUUGGGUCGUUGGAUACAUGAUUAUAUUAUAAAUCACGGUUUUGAUAUUAAUGUGGUUCUUGGUACUUCAUUGAUUAAUAUGCAUGCUAGGUGUGGAAGUGUAAGCAAGGCGCGAGAAGUUUUUGAUUCGAUGGAUGAAAGGAAUGUUGUUGCCUGGACAGCUAUGAUUUCAGGAUAUGGCACGCACGGUUAUGGUAGACAAGCUAUGGAGCUGUUUGAUAAAAUGAGAGCUCAUGGACCAGCUCCUAAUGAUGUGACUCUUGUUGCUGUGUUGUCGGCUUGUGCACAUGCAGGGCUUGUUCAGGAGGGGCGGCAGGCACUCGCUAGCAUGAGGGAUUAUGGGUUAGCGCCAGGAAUGGAGCAUCAUGUUUGCAUGGUUGACAUGCUUGGGCGUGCUGGACUUCUGAAUGAAGCAUUUCAAUAUAUUGAACAAUUGAAUCCUGUCAAGCCUGCACCUGCAGUGUGGACUGCAAUGCUUGGGGCUUGCAGGAUGCAUAAAGAUUUUGAUCUUGGAGGACAAGUUGCUGAGCAUCUCUUAGCUGCUGAACCGGAUAAUCCAGGCCAUUAUGUGUUGCUUUCAAAUGUAUAUGCACUGGCUGGUCGGAUGGAUAGAGUGGAACUGAUCAGAAAUACGAUGAUUCAAAAAGGUUUAAAGAAACAAGUUGGCUACAGCACCAUAGAGGUCAAUCAGAAGACCCAUUUGUUUAGUAUGGGUGAUAAGUCCCACCCUGAGACAGUUGAGGUCUACCAGUACUUGGAUGAGUUGAUGCAGAGGAUUGGUGAAGCAGGUUAUGUACCAGUAUCUGACUCAAUAAUGCAUGAGUUGGAAGAAGAAGAGACAGAAUAUGCUCUUAGAUAUCACAGCGAGAAGCUUGCAAUUGCAUUCGGGAUUCUAAAAACUAAUCCUGGGGUCACUGUUAGGAUUGUGAAGAACCUCCGAAUGUGCGAGGACUGCCAUUCAGCUAUUAAGUUUAUAUCAGCUGUUGCUAAUAGAGAAAUUAUUGUCCGGGAUAAACUCAGGUUUCACCAUUUUAAAGAUGGGUCUUGUUCUUGUGCGGAUUAUUGGUGACACUUAAAAUGUGGGAUCCACAUUACUAUUUAGAUUGAGAUUGCGAUAAAUAUUCUUUGGCAGUAAUGGCAUCCACAUUACUAGAACAGUUGCAGAUAAAUUGACCUCAGUUUGUGAUCCCGGGCUGCUAAGUUGCUGCUAUUCAAGCUGCUGGUUUGCUUUUGGCUGUAGCAGAAAACUGUUGGGAUUUGGCAAAAUGAUUAACUCGCUCAGGGUGGCCUUGCUCUUGAAAAGUUUGCUUUGACAUUGUGAAACACAGCAAAUAUUGUGAUAGCUACUAAGUUGACAGAGCUUCAUUUAAUCAUUUGUGAUCACAAGCCUAGCAAAUAGCAACGAAAUCACACUCCAUAUAUAUAGUUGCUCCUUAACUUGGUGCAGGCUGUGACUAAGAAGUAAGAUCUUCUGCUCUUCUUUCUAUUUCUGAAGCACAAGUUCUUUCUUCCAUGAGUUUUAUCAA